AUGAAUUCCCGUCGUCGAGAGAAGUUUGUCCUGCCCGGAGUACCGCCUGAGAAAUACCAAGAGGCGACCUUCGGACUCCACGUCUACCAGCCCGGAGCUGGAAACGUCCGAAUACACAACGCCUCUAUCACCUCGUCGAGCUCAAACAUCCACUCGCCCUUCUUUGGACCUCGGUUCGGAAUCCCAAGGUCGCAACCCGUGUCCGCAACAGUCUUCCGUCUCGCGACCGGAGUUCGACAUGAUCACCAUCCGCAUUCUGAACAUGGUAGACCGGGAAUAGAACCGAGGCCCAGCCUCUCACUUGCACCGGUACACGCCUGUGAUGUCUGCUUCGAGGACUUCUCGUCAGAGACUCAACCCCCAGAGUGGAUCACUCGUGCAUGUGUCCACAAGCCGACAAUCUGCUCUCGUUGUCUGGCAGCCUACAUCGAGAGUGAGCUGAACAGCAAGAUCGCCGAACGGAUCUACUGCCCCGAGUCGAACUGUGGGGCGGUCCUGGACCACGGAGACAUCAAGAGGCUCGCUGCUGAUGCGGAAACCUUCGCCAGGUACGACACUCGGCUCCUCCGCCGCGCCCUGGGUGCCGACCGCAAUGCCGUCUGGUGCCAGAACUGCGCGUCCGGCCAGAUCCACGAGGGCGGGAGCACGCAGCCCAUCGUGCGGUGCUCGAACUGCCACUUCCGAUCCUGCUUCCGCCACGGCGUGCCCUGGCACGACCGCCUCACGUGCGAGGAGUACGACGCCAUGCUGCUGAACCCGGAGGGCUUCCAGGCCGCCAUCGACCGGGACGACGCGGCCUCCGCGGCCGAGAUGAAGCGUCUCGAGGCGGAGGAUCGCUUGGCGAAGGCGGCGGAGCGGCAGGCGAGGGAGGCCGAGAUGGAGAGGCAGCGACAGGCGGCGGCGGCGACGCGGCGUGAGGAUUUGAGGAGGAGGCUAGUGGAAGAGAAACUGUCCCUGGCCAAGAUCAGCGCGACGACCAAGAACUGUCCCGGGUGCCAGGGGCCCAUCGAGUUGAUUCCUGGGGCAUGCAAGCACAUGAUAUUCACAAGGCGGUCAUGGAGAACGAUAAUUCGUGGCAUGGUAUCGACUGCCCCCUGCACUCGAAUAACCUUCCCGGCAUUUCCCGCCAACUUGCAAGAGACAUUGGAUAGAGCUGGAUGA